AUGGGCAAGGACCAGGAGCUGGUGCAGGCGGUAAAGACGGAGGACGUGGGCGCCGUGCAGAGGCUGCUGCAGAGGCCGCGGCCCGGGAAAGCCAAGCUCCUGGGCUCAGCCAAGAAGGUCAAUGUCAACUUCCAGGACCCCGAUGGCUUCUCAGCCCUCCACCAUGCUGCCCUCAACGGCAACACAGAACUCAUCGCCCUGCUUCUGGAGGCCCAGGCCGCUGUGGACAUCAAAGACAACAAAGGGAUGCGGCCUCUGCACUAUGCAGCCUGGCAAGGCAGGAAGGAGCCUAUGAAGUUGGUGUUGAAGGCAGGUUCGGCCGUGAACGUCCCUUCAGAUGAGGGCCAUAUCCCGCUACACCUGGCAGCCCAGCAUGGGCACUAUGAUGUGUCAGAGAUGCUCCUUCAGCAUCAGUCCAACCCGUGUAUUGUGGACAAUUCAGGGAAGACGCCUUUGGACCUGGCCUGUGAGUUUGGACGUGUUGGGGUGGUGCAGCUGCUCCUGAGUAGUAACAUGUGUGCAGCCCUACUGGAGCCUCGGCCAGGAGAUGCCACUGACCCAAAUGGCACCAGCCCCUUGCACCUGGCAGCCAAAAAUGGUCACAUUGACAUUAUCAGACUCCUCCUCCAAGCUGGCAUUGACAUUAACCGUCAGACCAAGUCAGGCACUGCCCUGCACGAGGCCGCACUCUGUGGGAAGACGGAUGUGGUCCGACUCCUGCUGGAUAGUGGAAUCAAUGCCCACGUGAGGAACACCUACAGCCAGACCGCACUGGACAUUGUCCACCAAUUCACUACUUCCCAGGCCAGCAAGGAGAUCAAGCAGCUGCUGAGAGAGGCAUCGGCGGCUCUGCAGGUUCGGGCGACAAAAGACUAUUGCAACAACUACGACCUGACAAGUUUGAAUGUGAAGGCGGGAGAUGUGAUCACGGUCCUUGAACAGCAUCCUGACGGCAGGUGGAAAGGCUGUAUCCAUGACAACCGGACUGGCAAUGAUCGUGUUGGCUAUUUCCCGUCUACUCUGGGCGAGGCCAUCACCAAACGAGCAGGUUCUCGAGGAGCUGACAUGAGCCCGUCCCACCUGUCCCCUUCCCAGGGCAGUUCUGCAGCCCCUCCAGAGGAAAUCUGGGUCCUGAGGAAACCCUUUACUGGUGCUGACCGCAGUGGUAGCCUAGGUGGUGUGGCCAGCGGGCGCAGUGGAGGGAGUGGGAGUCAUGCUCUGCACGCCGGCUCUGAAGGGGUCAAGCUCUUAGCAACUGUGCUCUCCCAGAAGUCCAUCCAGGAGUCAGGAACCGGGGACAGUCCAACCAAGCCCCUCGAGGGCCCUGCAGGUCCCUCACGUGCCCAGCCUGUGACACACACAGGGCAGGCUUAUGGUGAGCAGCCACCCAAAAAAAUGGAGCCUGCGUCUGAGGGAAAGAGUGCGGAGGCUGUCACUCAAUGGCUCGCCACCUUCCAGUUGCAGCACUAUGCCUCCAACUUCAUCACCUCUGGCUACGAUCUUCCCACUAUCAGCCGCAUGACCCCUGAGGAUCUCACGGCCAUUGGUGUCACCAAACCUGGCCACCGGAAGAAGAUAACCUCAGAGAUCAACAGCCUGACCCUCCCUGACUGGCUGCCUGAACACAAACCCGCUAACCUGGCUGUGUGGCUUUCCAUGAUUGGCCUUGCCCAGUACUACAAAGUGCUUGUGGAAAACGGCUAUGAGAACAUUGACUUUAUCACUGACAUCACCUGGGAGGACCUGCAGGAGAUUGGCAUCACCAAGCUGGGGCACCAGAAGAAACUGAUGCUGGCAGUCAGGAAGUUGGCAGAGCUGCAGAAAGCUGAGUAUGGGAAGUAUGAGGCAGGGGCCCUGCGCCGGAAGGCCCCUCAGUCACUGGAGGUGGUGGCCAUUGAGUCUCCCCCACCCCCGGAGCCCACCCCUGCUGAAUGCCAGUCACCCAAGAUGACCACAUUCCAAGACAGCGAGCUGAGUGAUGAACUGCAGGCCGCUAUGACAGGCCCGCCCUCGGGUCCCGAGGGCGGGGCCGAAAAGCCCACCAACAGUCUGCCCCCCACACCUCGGGCCAGUGGCCUGCGUCACGAGCCCAGCCUGAGCGGGAGGGCACGGCACAUGAGCAGCUCCCAAGAGCUUCUGGGAGACGGGCCUCCCGGCCCCAGCGGACCCAUGUCCCGCAGCCAAGAGUACCUGGCUGAUGAGGGUGCCUCCACUCCUAGCCCCAAGGAGACCCGGCCUACUCGUCACGGACACGGCGUCAAGAGAGCCAGCGUGCCCCCGGUGCCUGGCAAGCCCCGGCAGUCCUUUCCCCCGGGUGCCGCCGGGGGCCACUUCACACCACCUCAGACGCCCACGAAGCCCCGUCCAGCGUCACCACAGACACUGGGCACUGCCCACAGCCCAGCCCCGGCCACUGCCAAGGUGAAGCCUACUCCACAGCUGCUGCCUCCGGCCGAGCGGCCCAUGUCGCCCCGCUCGCUUCCGCAGUCGCCCACCCACCGAGGCUUUGCUUACGUGCUGCCCCAGCCUGUGGAAGGUGACGGGGGGCUGCCCCCGCCAGCGGCGCCUGCCCCUAUGUCCGUACCUGUGUUGUGUCUGCCCCCUGGGGCUGUGGGGGAGGCCGAGGAGGAGCCUGGGCGGCCCAAGAAGCGAGCACACAGCCUGAACCGCUAUGCUGCCUCGGACAGUGAGCCUGACCAUGAUGAGCUGAUGGUGCCCGCAGCAGGGCCCUAUGCCACGGUGCAGAGACGGGUGGGACGGAGCCACUCGGUAAGGACCCCGGUGGGCAGCGAUAAGAAUGUCAACCGCAGCCAGUCCUUCGCCGUGCGGCCCAAGAAGAAGGGGCCCCCUCCUCCCCCACCCAAGCGCUCCAGCUCUGCCAUGUCUAGCGCCAAUCUGGUAGAUGAGCCGGUCCAGGACGGAGAGGGCGAGGAGGCCAGGUCUGAGGAGGGCACACCGGGUGGGCGGGCCCAGCGACGGAGGGCCAGCGACUUGGCUGGCAGCGUGGACACAGGAAGCGCAGGCAGCGUCAAGAGCAUCGCUGCCAUGUUGGAGCUGUCAUCCAUUGGGGGUGGGGCCCGGGCUGCCCGUAGGCCCCCAGAAGGCCAUCCCAUGCACCCAGGGCCAGCUGGGCAUCCUGCCAGCCCUGAGCCGGGCCGCGUGGUCACAGUGCUGGCCUCAGUCAAGCACAAAGAUGCUAUUGGAUUGGACGGUGAGGUAGUCAACCGUCGGCGCACCCUCAGCGGCCCUGUCACUGGGCUGCUGGCCGCUGCCCGCCGCGGGGAGCAGGGCCCCCCUGAGCACAUCCCCUUCGCUGAGGAGGGCAGCCUCACUAUCAGGCAGCGGCCACGGGGCCCAGCCAAGGGGGAGGGGAGCGAGGGCCCUCCCCUGGCCAAGGUCGAGGCCAGUGCCACGCUGAAGCGGCGCAUCCGGGCCAAGCAGAGCCAGCAGGAGAAUGUCAAGUUUAUCUUGACCGAGUCAGAUACAGUGAAACGGAGGCCCAAGACCAAGGAACGGGGGGAGCCUGGGCUGGAGCCACCCCCACUAUCUGUGUAUCAGAAUGGCACAGGCACUGUCCGCCGGCGACCAGCCUCUGAACAGAGUGGUGGCCCUGCAGAGCUGCCUCUACUGCCCCCCCCUGCCGCACCCCCUCCUGCAGACCUUGCCCAUCUGCCUCCUCCCCCGCCACCUGAUGGAGAGGCCAAAAAGCCUGCCAAGCCCCCGGUGUCCCCCAAACCCGUCCUGGCCCAACCGGUCCCCAAGAUCCAGGGCUCACCUCCAACCACCUCCAAGAAGGCACCACUUCCCAGCCCCGGCAGCCCAGAGGUGAAGCGGGCCCACGGAACGCCCCCGCCAGUGUCUCCCAAGCCACCACCCCCGCCCACAGCACCCAAACCAGUCAAGGCCCCUUUGGGACUGCAGUCUGUGAGUGCCAGCCCCACUCCCACACCCUCCCCAGCCCGCCAGGCACCUGCUGCUGCCGCUACCAGUAAGCCAGCCAGCACACCGCCCUCCCUCUGUGCCAGCCCUGCCAAGCCCCCAUCGCCGGGUGUGCCCCCCCAGCAGGUGCCCAUCAAGCCCCCUCGGGCCGCCAUGGCUGUGCCCCCCGGAGACGGCAGCGCCAGCGACAGUGCUCACCAGAAGCUGGAGGAGACCAGCGCCUCCCUGGCUGCUGCCCUACAGGCUGUGGAGGAGAAGAUUAAGCACGAUAAUGGACAGGCAGCCGAUUCGGCCGCUGAGUCCAAGAGUACAGUCAGCAUCCUGGAUGACAUUGGCAGCAUGUUUGAUGACCUGGCUGACCAGCUGGAUGCCAUGUUGGAGUGAGCCCGUCAGGUGCCCAGCCAACCUCAGGACUGCCCCCCUUGCCCCACCCCGGGCUCCACACACAGAACUUUACCUCAGGAUUGGGCUCCAAGCCGGCCAUCCACGUGGCCGCCUUCUUUGUGCUGCAGGCUGGGGGGGGUGCUCUCUGGGGGGAUGGCCUCCUUGAUGGAACCCCCUCCCCAUCUGGCCCCUUGCUGCUGCUGCCUCCUUGCCCCAUCCUUGACCUCUGCCGCCUCCAGGCAGGGACUUGGGCUGGAGGAGGGUGUGGAGCAGGUGGAGAGGUUGAGGGGCAAGGACUCAGAGUCCUUGGGGGCUGGAGUAUUCCUGUGGGUGGGUGGGAGGAGACUGAGGGGGUCAUCCCUUCCCCUGCCCCAGGGCCUGGCUGAUCAGAUGGUGGUUGGUGUUCAAGCACUGGUGGUUGGUGGUUAGGAUGUUGGGGUGGGGGGGAUUGGGCCUGAGAGAGCAGUGCCCUUGAAAGGGGUCCCCACCCCUUGCCCUUCCAUGCCCCCCCUGGUCACAAGCACAACAUUUCGGGGGGCCAUGAGCAGAGCAGGAGGCUGGGGUCAGAGGUUGGCCUCCUUGUCCAAGGGCUUUCUGGUCACUGGUGCUGCUGCCAGUGAUCGCCUCAUAGCGGCCCUGGGCUGCAUUCCUGUUGCUUCAUCCCCCAUCCCUCCCUGCCGCCAUGAUGCAAUAAUAACAGCUGGGUUAGCUCUUCCUCCUCCCCCUCCUGUAGCCCCCAUCAAUCUGUCUGGUAUGU